GGAAGCGCGGCGGGGUCCUUUCCGCGGGGCGCUCGGGCCAAGGUGGCUGCGGCGCGGGCCGGGCCGGGGGGCGCCAUGAUGGUGGGCAGGACCGGCGCCAUCGCCGCGGGGCUCUGCGGGGCGCUCUUCAUCGGCUACUGCAUCUACUUCGACCGCAAGAGGCGAAGCGACCCCAACUUCAAGAAUCGGCUGCGGGAGCGAAGGAAGAAACAGAAGCUUGCCAAAGAGAGAGCAGGGCUUUCCAAGUUGCCUGAUCUGAAAGAUGCUGAUGCGGUUCAGAAGUUUUUCCUUGAGGAGAUUCAACUUGGCGAGGAACUGCUAGCUCAAGGUGAAUAUGAAAAAGGUGUUGAUCACUUGACCAAUGCCAUUGCUGUGUGUGGACAGCCCCAGCAGCUACUACAAGUUCUACAGCAGACUCUUCCACCACCAGUGUUUCAAAUGCUUCUAACUAAGCUCCCUACAAUAAGCCAGAGAAUUGUAAGUGCACAGUGCUUGGCUGAAGAUGAUGUUGAAUGAGGUCACACCACAACGGGGGGAAAAAAAGUUUUCUUACCCCAGAAGAUGAGCAUCAGUAGGGGGAUAAAGGGGCAAACAUAGUAGUUAAUGGACUGUGUACCACAUCGGGUUCUACCGGAGUUAAAAUUAACUUUGUGUAGGUGGGUUUCGCAGGAUUUUAUUUAUUAUCCCAGUGAAAAGUGUAUUUUGAUAAGAAUUCAUUUUAUAAAUACACUGUGUUGAGUUAUCAAAGUAUCACUAACUUCAUUAUUAUUAAAAUACGCAGUUGUAAUGUUGUACAUAUGAGACAUAAAACUACGACCUAUUAAAAACCCAAUGCUCAUUUUUGAAAAAAACAAAGUUAUGGCAAUAAAGAUUUAUCUGCACUUGUGUGUCCCUAUAGUACUACUUUAAAUUUCAGAAUAUUUGGGUGUCAGAGCAAAUGAUCUAAACAUUGCAACAUUAAAAUUUAUUUUUAAUGUUA